CCCAGCAGCGGCCGCGGCGGAAGGGAUGCAGAAUAGAUGGACCUGCACUUUAACAGCUUUUGUUUUAAAUAUUUUUUGUCCCCAAAUCCCCCCAAAUGUUGAGGUGAAAAAGAGAAAUUAGAAUUCGAUGUAUUUCAGUCAUGUCAUGUAUUAGACAAAUGUCUUUUGUGGGCAGAUCAAAGGACGGGAAUUACUGUGUACUAGGAGCUUUGUGUAAACCCUCUUGAGGCAGUGGUUCCGUAAUUUUGCAUGUGCCUGUAUCUCUUCUGAAAUCAUUAAUUCUUGACUUUACCAGAAAUACUUUUGCAUAUCACCACAUUGCAGAGAAAGAGUUCUUUGGGAUUUUGUAGAAAAUACGAGCAUAUAUUUUCAAACCUAGUAAAUGCCCCUUCCUAGUGAAAUGUUAUCUUUCACAUUUCUUACACUCAAAAAUGGCUAAAACAAUUUAAGUUCUGCUUUCUAUGUCUGAAACACAAACCACUCUAAAAACACAAAGUGUUUGUUUGUUUGGAAUCUAGAAUGGAGAGGUUUGGGGAGAUCCAAAAUGAAAUAAAUAGUUUGAACUGCUUGUUAUGAAUCUAAAUAUUUUUUUAAUCUGAAAGUUUACUAAAUUCAGGCCUAUUCAUUGCAUUCCCCUCCCCUCACAGAUCUUGCACACAGUUUUAUUUAUUAGUUUCAUUGUUCAAUUUUUAUUGCAGUCAUUGUAAUAGAUUUCAUCAUUCUGACAACGAUCUGUAUCUGUCCGCUGCUGCACUGUGCAGUAUUCUCUCAAAUUAGAGUGAAAACACUGCUGAUUUCAUUUAACAAGGUCAAUUUUUGUUUGGCCAUCUGUUACCAUUCUUUGCAGUCUACUUUCCUCCCCAGGAGACCUGCGAUUAGAAGCAAACUUUUUUUUUUCCUUUGAACAACAAAGAAAAGAGAACCUCAGUCUUAAUGGCUUUAUACCACAAAUCUCUCUCUCUCUCUUUUUUUUUUUUUUUGAAACUGAUAAAGUGUCCAGACUGUCCAAGUGACUUAAAAAAUCUACUGCACACUUAAUUCUCUGAAUUAAAAUAAUUUAUGUUUUCAUGCAUAUGUAUUUAGGAAAGGGAGAAGCAGCCAAGAUAAAUAGCUGUAAAGUUUAUUUUCUAGCAACAGGUUUUUUGUGUACAUUUCAGUGUCAGUGAUGGAAAAAUCCACCCAUAGUACUGUGCACCUGAGCGACUGGCAGAAAAGUUACUUCACUAUUACCUCUGGCACCUGCACACCCGGGCAGAAGGCAGAUGGAUAUCGUGCCAAAAUUCUACAUAUUCAGUAUGCAUGGGCAAACUCUGAGAUCUCUCAGGUCUGUGCUGCCAACCUGUUUAAAAAAUACGCAGAGAAAUACUCUGCAAUUAUUGACUCUGACAACAUAGAGACUGGUUUGAAUAACUAUGCUGAAAACAUUUUGACUUUGGCAAAGUGUCAGCAAAAUGACAGUGACAAGUGGCAAUCUGCCUUGACAACAGAGAAUGUAUUUGAAUUAAAGUGUGUGCAAGAGGGGAUGCAGGCUGGCAAAAAUUUCCAAAGCUCUCAGAUGGCACCAGCAGAUGCCUUUGUACUAGCUGAUAAAGGGGUCAGUGCCUCUGCUGCUCCAGGUCUCCCAAAACUAGCCAUCUUCAGCAAUGCUGGAGAGACUGACCUCUGUGCUGGCUCAUCAAAAUAUGCAAGUCAGGAACCAGAUCUCCUUGAGCAUCCCUCAUCUUCAAAGUCUCUUCAAAGCGGUGUGCCUCCUGUGACCAAAACCUCAGAUGUAUUUCCUGCGUCUUCUGCUUCCUUCAAUGAACUGAUUCAAACAGGCGUCCAGGCAACUCCACUAUUUGGAACUAAAGAAGUAACAAGUAGCAGUGCUCUGAAAGCAUCAGGUCACUCUGGUGAUGGACAAAAUUGGUCUCUUUCCAAUCAGGCCACUGUACAUGCAUGGUCUGCAAAUUCUGGGAAAAGAAAAGCAUUUUAUAAUGUGGCUGAUGAAAACAGCAUUGUGAUUUCUAGCCUUGCUUCAUGCAAGGCUUCUGUUAGUACAGACACCAGUAGUUCUUCGGGGAACAGAAACAGAAAUGAAGAGGGCAGUGUUACUGGUUUUAGAACUGCAAAAGAACAGCUGUGGGUGGAUCAACAAAAGAAACCUCAAAACAUACCGCAGCGUACACCUAUCUUGUCAUAUGGAGGUGUAAAAAAGUCACUGGGUGCAGGCAGAUCUCGGGGUCCAUUUGGCAAGUUUGUUCCUCCAGUUCCAAAACAAGAUGGAAAUGAAAAUGGAGGAGCACAGUGUAAACCUCAUACAAGAGGAGCAGCAGAACCAUCACUUCCUACAGAUGAACGACUGAAAAACAUAGAACCCAAAAUGGUUGAACUCAUUAUGCAUGAGAUCAUGGACCAUGGGCCUCCUGUGAACUGGGAUGACAUUGCCGGAGUUGAAUUUGCUAAAGCUACGAUAAAAGAAAUAGUGGUCUGGCCUAUGCUGAGGCCAGACAUCUUUACUGGGUUACGUGGUCCUCCUAAAGGAAUUCUUCUCUUUGGGCCCCCUGGGACUGGCAAGACUCUCAUUGGCAAGUGCAUUGCAUGCCAGUCUGGAGCUACGUUUUUUAGCAUCAGUGCUUCUUCCCUGACCUCCAAAUGGGUAGGUGAGGGGGAAAAGAUGGUCCGUGCAUUGUUUGCCGUGGCACGAUGUCAACAGCCAGCAGUUAUUUUCAUUGAUGAAAUUGAUUCUCUGUUGUCUCAGCGUGGAGACGGGGAGCACGAGUCCUCGAGAAGAAUAAAAACUGAAUUUCUGGUCCAGUUAGAUGGGGCAACAACCUGCUCCGAAGAUCGUAUUCUGGUAGUGGGAGCAACAAAUCGUCCCCAAGAAAUCGAUGAAGCUGCCCGAAGGAGACUGGUAAAGAGACUGUAUAUUCCCCUUCCAGAAGCUUCAGCUAGGAAGCAGAUUGUUACUCGGCUAAUGUCAAAGGAGCACUGCUGCUUAAAUGAGGAGGAAAUUGAACUCAUAGUUAAGAAGUCUAAUGGAUUUUCUGGGGCAGACAUGACACAGCUCUGUCGAGAAGCUUCUCUGGGCCCUAUCCGCAGUCUCCAGUCAAUGGAUAUUGCAACCAUUAUGCCAGACCAAGUACGGCCCAUUGCUUUUCUUGACUUUGAGAGUGCCUUCAAAACUGUGCGGCCCAGUGUUUCCUCAAAGGAUUUAGAACUGUAUGAAACCUGGAACCAGACAUUUGGCUGUGGUAGAUAGUUGCAUCAUAACUGUUAAGCAGAAACUUUUCUUUCAAACUGUCACAUAUUAAAACCAUGAUAAUUUAGGGAGUCUGCACUUAUUUUUGUUUCCAUCUUUGUAAUAAAUCUUGCUAAGUUAUGUAA